AUGUCGUCCUGGCGCGCGCGAUCGGCGCUCGCUCGCGCGGCGGCGCGGGUGACGUCGAAUAAACAGGUCACGCGGGGGUUAUACGCCGCGGAUGCGAGCGCGGCGACGACGGUGGCGUUGCACGGGCGGGUUAACCAGAACGCGAGCGGGACGGAGGAACGGCGAGCGAGCCCGAGCGGGUCGACGGGAGGCGUCGACGCGGCGAUCGGCAGAGGUGCGAGCGCUUCGACGAAUUCGACGAAGGGACGGAAGUUGAUCGAUACGUUUCCGAAGGAUGUUGUGGACGACAUCUAUCGAGGGAGCUUUCGAAGCCAGACCGGGGUGAGCCUGAAGUACAUGAUGGAUUUCGGCGCGCAGCCGAUUCACCGGCAGAUGAUGGUAAGCGCGCAGUUCUUACGAAACGAGCUUCCGGUACGAUUGGCGCAUCGCGUGGCGGAGUUGGAAAAUUUGCCCUUCGGGUUGAGCGACAUGUCGCAGGUGCUUGACGUGAGAGACUGGUACGUCGAGUCGUUCAGGGAACUGCGAAGCUUCCCAGAAAUAGAGAGCAUGGAGGACGAGGAAAAAUUUACAAACAUGCUCAAGCGCGUGAUGUUGAGGCACGAAAACGUGGUUCCCAUGAUUGCCAGGGCGGUGUUGGAGCUUAAAGAUCGUCUGUCGAAGGAGAAACCGAGAGAGUCGAAGCCGCAGAUUCGACGGGGCGGCACGUACGCAACGAUGGAUUUGAACGAGUUUCCAGAGGUGCAUCAAUUCUUAGAUGGGUUUUACAUGAGUAGAAUUGGGAUCCGCAUGCUCAUCGGGCAGCACAUCGCUUUGCACGAGCCUGCGAAGGAUGGGUACAUCGGAAUGAUUUGCACAAAAUUGAGCCCGCUCGAGGUAGCCAGGGACGCUAGCGCGGACGCCCGGGCGAUUUGCAUGCGCGAGUACGGCGACGCGCCCGAGGUGGAACUCUUCGGCGAGGAGGAUUUUACGUUUGCCUACGUCCCGGGGCACUUGCACCAAAUGCUCUUCGAGCUUAUUAAGAACUCGCUGCGAGCGGUAAGCGACAAGUACGCGGAUAGCGAUAAGACGCCUCCACCAAUUCGGAUCAUUAUCGCCGAAGGCGCGGAAGACGUGACGAUCAAGGUAACAGAUGAAGGUGGUGGCAUUCGCCGAAGCGGUCUGGAAAAGAUUUGGACGUAUCUUUACAGCACAGCGCAAAGCCCACUGAAGGACAUGGACGACGAUUCGUCGGGUCCCACCGUCUUGGCAGGUUAUGGAUACGGUCUUCCGCUUUCAAGGCUGUACGCCAGAUACUUUGGCGGCGACUUGCAAGUAAUUUCGAUGGAAAAUUACGGCACAGACGCUUACUUGCACUUGAACCGCCUCGGAAACAUGGCGGAGCCGCUCCCGUAA